AUGGCCUUGUACCAAAGCAUGAAGAGGAUGCAUCUGCUGUGCGGCAAAAGCUACAGAAGUUCAACCACAAAGCUUAUUCAAACACAACAUCAAAAGCACAAUCAGGUGAUAUUUGUUUUCGGUGUGAAAAACAAGGUUACUGGGCAAAUGAAUGCCCUGAAGGACACGAACUAGAGUGGCUGGCUAAUCAAUACUGCUUUUUAUGUGGAAAAAAGGGCCACCUAAAAGAAGCCUGUCCAAACAAAAUUUAAAAAGAUGAUCAUUUUAAAACAAAACUUGAGGAAAAUAAGCCCCCAGCUGUAAAACCUUCAUGGUACCAGAAUAGCACAUCACUCAUAAAAUUGCUUGGUAAUCUUUCUGUGAAGAGCACCAGUGAUUUCAAAUGCUACAAGUCACUAUCUUCCAAGACUUCAAAUCACAGUGACCCAACAUUUUACAAACAAAAAACUGCUGAGUGGUUCAAUGUUCGUAAGGGGAAAAUCAAUGGAAGCAAAGCAGCAACAGCUCUUGGUUGGUAUGGAAAAAAGGCAAUGAGUGAUUACUGGAGUGAUUUGAGUGAUGAUUUACAUGCAGGUGUUCCAACCAAAGAAGAAAAUGAAUCAAAUCUGGCAAUGUUAUGGGGUUCUAUAAAUGAAAACAGUGCUAUUGUCACUUACCUAAAUAAAUUUUUAGCCGAAAAUAAAGAUGAUUUAGUCUUAAGAGAAACUGGUAUUUGGCUUUUAAGUGAUGACAAAAAUCAGUCAUGGCUUGGUUCUUCAACAGAUGGCAUAAUAGAUUUAAAUGGCAAAAGGGAAAGAGUUCUUGAAAUGAAACGUCCUUUCAUGGGAGGCAAACCGAUUCCUUACAAAAAUGUGUGCAUAAACCAUAUUCCUCAAAUUAUGUUGGAAAUGUUUUGUACAUCCACUCAAGAAUGUCACUAUGUUGUUUGGACUUCAAUUGACACUAAAGUAUUUCUUGUUAAGAGAGAUGACAAGUACAUGGAUACAUGGAAUUGCUAG